GCCGGCUUUAUAAACUUCACAUAGGCAUUUGGAGGCUAUACUCCGACUGUGAAAGAAGGAAGCUAGCUAGCGCCAUGGCCAGAACCAAGCAAACCGCUCGCAAAUCCACCGGUGGCAAAGCACCCAGGAAGCAGCUCGCCACCAAGGCUGCGCGCAAGAGCGCCCCGGCCACCGGCGGCGUGAAGAAGCCUCACCGUUACAGGCCCGGCACCGUGGCUCUUAGAGAGAUCCGUCGUUACCAGAAGUCCACUGAGCUGCUGAUCCGCAAACUGCCUUUCCAGCGCCUGGUGCGAGAAAUUGCCCAGGACUUUAAGACCGACCUGCGCUUCCAGAGUUCCGCAGUGAUGGCCCUGCAGGAGGCAAGCGAGGCUUACCUGGUCGGCCUGUUCGAGGACACCAACCUGUCUAGCGAACACACGAUGUCUGGAAGAGGUAAAGGCGGCAAGGGACUCGGAAAAGGAGGCGCCAAGCGUCACCGUAAGGUUCUCCGCGAUAACAUCCAGGGAAUCACCAAGCCCGCCAUUCGCCGUCUGGCUCGCCGUGGCGGCGUGAAGCGUAUCUCCGGCCUGAUCUACGAGGAGACCCGCGGUGUCCUGAAGGUGUUCCUUGAGAACGUGAUCCGUGACGCCGUCACCUACACCGAGCACGCCAAGAGGAAGACCGUUACGGCCAUGGACGUGGUCUACGCUCUGAAACGCCAGGGACGCACCCUGUACGGUUUCGGCGGUUAAACGCACUCUUCUCGGAACGUCAACAUCCCGACUUGAACCCAAAGGCUCUUUUAAGAGCCACCCACAUCCGCUUCAAAAGGGCCAAAUCCAUUGUCGUAUUAAACCAUGAGCCACUCUUGAGUGGACAGGGAGGGAGUGUUAAAUGACAGGACGCUAUGUUCAGCGCAGGCUUUGCGUACAGUCGUAUUAAACCAUGAGCCACUCUUGAGUGGACAGGGAGGGAGUGUUCAUGAAAGGAGGCUAAAUUCAGUGCAGGCUUUGCGUACAGUCGUAUUACGAGACACCCGAAAUAAAGGCA